AUUCAGAUGACUUCCUCCUGCUGCAGCAGGUUGCAUGAUGAGAAUGCUGGACUGGAAAGCACCAAAUACAAUACAUGCAGACUGCAACGCACAGCAACCAGAGUUAUUUCUUCCUAUAUAGGCGCACUUGAGACAUGCCUGGAUUACGCAAACAAAUGAUACCGUGCAUUACUUUUUCAUCUUACAUGGGAAAUACAGUGACUCUCUACAGUGUACAGUGAAUGAAAUCGCAGUUUCAGCAUGACUUCGGUGAACACGUCAUGUGAAGCGGUGAACUGCUCUUGCUCCACUAACAUCACUGUCUGGGAAUCAACUAUAAACCAGCUCUACACGUACUUUUACCUGAUUAUAUUCAUCCCAGGCCUGCUGUGCAACACCCUGGCUCUGUGGGUGCUCUGUCGAUUCAUAAGGAAAAAGACGAAAGCCAUCAUCUUCAUGAUUAACCUGACCAUAGCAGACCUAGCCCACGUGCUGUCGCUGCCGCUUCGAAUUCACUACUACAUCAGACAAGACUGGCCUUUCGGCAGCACGCUGUGCAUGCUGUGUUUCUACCUGAAGUACCUUAACAUGUACGCCAGCAUCGUGUUUCUAGUGUGCAUCAGCAUCCAGCGCUGCGCGUUCCUCCUGCGGCCGUUCUGCGCCAAGCAAUGGAAGUCGCGCUAUGACGUCUGCAUCAGCGUCGCGGUGUGGGUCGUGGUGGGGCUCUGCUGCUCGCCCUUCAUCUUAAUGAGGAGCAACGCAACCUCUGCAACCAGAAGCUGCUUCAAAGACCUGCCCAUGCGCGCGCUGAAUGUACCCUCUGCCAUCUCCAUGAUGGUUGCUGCUGAGCUCUUGGGAUUUCUCGGUCCGUUAAUUAUCAUUGGUUUCUGUACUUACUUAAUCGUGAAAUCCUUUCGACAUCGGAAUCAGAAGCAGCAGUUCACAGGUAGCACGAGAAAGGCCCUGCGCAUGGUUAGGGUAUGCACAGGGGUCUUCCUCUUCUGCUUCGUCCCCUACCACAUCAACUUCCUGCUGUACCUGAUGGUGACCCAGAACAUCAUCACAAACUGUGCAGCGAGUCAGGCCAUCCGACAGUUUCACCCCAUCUCUCUCUGCAUCGCAAGCCUCAACUGCUGCCUCAACCCUCUCAUCUACUACUUUCUGACCACAGAGUUCAAGCAGCAGCUCUCCCAGCACGGCAGCUCUGUGCUCCGGGGCCGUCUGAUGAGCACCGAGAGCACGUCCUCCUACAGAGAAUGACCAGGGACCCCAAACGUUUUCAACAUUGAAGCCAUUUAUUUGACCUCAGUGUAAAAACAUGUACAUUUAGUGUGCAAAGCGUGCCUUCAGACCGUGUGCAAACUAAAGUCUAUGCAUUAAGUGCUAUACAUUGCUUGAACAAAAAGAUACAGCUUACAAACUGAAAUGUUAUGUCCAGCAAGUAUUGUUUUGACCAAAAUCACAGCCUUUCACGGCAUGGGUGAAAUAUUUGAAGUUUAACAAUAACAGCGGUCAAAGACAGACUAAUUUAAAAGGAAGAAAAAAGAAAGUUGCGACUGACUGCAGGACAGAGAGAUGUUUGUAUAACGCAGACGCAGGAUGAGCUGAGAGUGUCUCUCUCACCAGACCGAUGGGCUGAAAAUACAAAAGUCACCUGAGCUUUAGUUGAACUGUCUGAGCCUGUAUUCACAAAGCAUCUUAAGGCUAAAAGUAGCUCAUAACUCGCCGCUUUAGGAGAAAAUCUUAAAAAUAAUGGGCGUGUCAGUCUUAAAUUUAGGACUCCUACAUUUUUGCUCUAAGAGUAUUUCACAAAGCGUUUUAGUGCUAAAUCUAGCUCUAAAUCUGUGAAAGGUUAGGAGCAGUGGAGAGGAGUCCUGAGUCACUAAGACACAAACUAUCCUAAAAUAGCUGUUGCCGGCAAUCUGCCUCGAAAUUGAAACAUUUUAGAAACAUUUGACAAUAAUGAACUUUUAAAAGGGUAUCGCCUUUGGUUUUGGAGGUUAUCCCAACUCCAAAUUUUCCUUUGAUUAUAUUGUUUUCAUUUUUUAAAUUGUUUUUAUUAAAAUUCUGUUUUAUUUGAUAUUUUACUGUAUUUUAUGAUUGUUUUGUACAGCGCUUUGGUCCGUGUAAACCCGUCCUGGAUUUAAAUGUGCUCUAUAAAUAAAAUUUACUCACUUCAUUAACCAACUUGGCAAGAAGUAACAGCUGUUCUUUUGUCCAGUUUGGUUUUCUUUUACGUUUGCAUGUCGUACUAUCAGCCGUGAUUAUUCUACUCUGUUAAUUAAAAGGCUGUUUAUAUGCAUAUUCACUAAUUGUUUACAAGAAGAGGCUGACAAUUAGCUGAACAUAUGACACUUGCAUUUUAAAAAUCUUUAUUUGAAUGUGGCAACAUUUUUAUUUUUAAAAAGUUUUUUUUUCCCCAACCUAUUUCUAUGAAUAAAUCUCUGACAGAGACUAUCAGCCAAUCACUGUGUGCAUAGUUAGUAAGCAUACCGACAUCACCCAUAGCAACAAGGUAAACCCCGCCCCCUUACUCUGAGUUUAAGACUUCUCUCUAUUCCUGAGUACAUGUUUGUCUCAGCAGCUUUGUGAAUAGGUUUUAAGAGAAAACUCUUAUCUAAAAACUUUUACUGCUAUUUAGGAGAACUCUUAGUGGUAAAAUAAACUGUUUUGUGAAUACGGGCCCAGGUCUAGAAUAGGAUUAAACAGAAAAAAAGGAAUCAACACAACUGCAUAUUCAUCAGUCUGUGGAGAUCUGAAACAGAACAAAUCCAAACUUCCAAAAACAACAUAAAAAUUGAGAUUCUGUUUUCACGCUGUUCAUGUGAAAUUGUUGUUUACAUUUGCUUUUGUAUUAUUGUAUUAUACUCAGAACAAAUUAGAUUGAAUAUGUUCAAUACGUUAAUGUGUUUAAUAAAUGAGAUUAAGUAUGUUUAAUGAU